UCUCACACAAUUCUACUUGUCCAGCCUACCAAGAGGCCAGAAGGCAGAACAUAUGCUGAUUAUGAAUCGGUGAAUGAGUGCAUGGAAGGAGUCUGUAAAAUGUAUGAAGAGCAUCUGAAGAGAAUGAAUCCCAACAGUCCAUCCAUUACAUAUGAUAUCAGCCAAUUGUUUGACUUCAUUGAUGACUUGGCAGACCUCAGCUGUCUCGU